AUGCAAACAUUCGACAGAUUUUCCCCCGUUCCAGAUAUCAUCAGUGCUCUGCAGACUAUUCUUGCAAAUUCACGAGUAAUCAUUUCUGCAGACCUUGACACCCCGUAUUCCAGACUCUCCAAUACCGACCGUUCUGCUAUCGAGCUUAAAGACCGCAGCAUAAGCGCCAUCAUCACCGAACGCCAGCAACAGUUGGAUGCAACUUUGCACGAGACCUCAGCCCUGGAAACCGUGAUGGAUUGUCUAAAAAAUCUUCAGAAACAACUUGUCGAAAAGGUGGACAAGAUCAUCCAGUCUAUGAAUUUGCACAAGGGACUCCUGUCGCCUCUCUGGCGCUUGCCAAACGAGGUCUUAUCCCUGAUUUUUGUUCACUGUCUCCCGACACAUCAUCACCUGAUGCCCGCCGCAAGGUUAGCUCCCAUGUUAUUGACGGCAAUAUGUCGGCGAUGGAGGGAAGUUGCUGUGAACAUGCCCAAAUUGUGGUGCAGGCUGCACAUACAGGAAGCUGAAGGCAGGGACUGGCAGCGGAUAGCUUUCUGCUAUAGUUCAUGGCUGGAACGGUCACGAGGAUUUCGGCUCUCCUUAACACUUGGGAGUCUCCGAAGUCGCUCAACCAACACACAAAACCUUCUUCAGCCUUACAUCAAUCAAAUCUCAUCUCUCUCUAUCCUUGUUCAUCGCCAGGUCCCUGAAUUUAUUAUGACAGAUUCACUAGCACUUGAGGAUCUGACCGUCAGCAUCGCCUAUCUUAAUGCUAUGCCAGCUAUCGCGCAAUUCAUCUCACGACAGCGUUUGUCCCUUCGCAGUCUCAAGCUAAAGGGGCUGGUGUUCAACCUCCAUUACUUAUCGUGUCUCAACUCCGUAUGGGCACACCUGACAAACGUCGAACUUGCGAUAGAUCAACCGAAUACAGUCAUUCAUCUACUCCGUCUGUGUUCCAACCUCUCCGCGUUCACAAUUCACGCAGUUUUCAUGCACACUGGCAUACAGGCUAUAGAGCCAUUUACGCAUACCAAAAUUCAGUCUCUACGCAUCGAUAACAGUAACUCUGGACUCACAGACAGUCUAUCUCGUCUGAUCGAUGCUCUAUCACUCCCCAAGUUACGCGUGUUUGAAGCUCGGUAUGUACGGACAUGGCCUCAUGAGGAGUUGAAGGCAUUCCUAGUACGGUCGAAUUGUCCUCUGAUGAGCCUGGACCUCGGCUUUGGAGUGACAACGACAGACGAGCAGAGAGCGGAAUACAUUGCUAUCAUUCCUUCCCUCGAAGUCGUAGUGGAUCCCAUGGGUCGUGAUCACUUUAUAUAG